AAUUGAAUCUAUCCUACUAUAAAAACAUCAUCGUACAUUGUUUUGUGCGUACCAUUCAGUCCACCAGUGUUUUGCAACAGUUGCUAAGAAAUGGCUCCAAUAACUUUGUACACAACCCGUCAUACACCGGCUGGGCGAGCCGUUGAGAUGACUGCAAAAUUGAUCGGUGUUGAUCUGGAUAUCAAGUUUAUUGACCUCGCGCAAAAAGAACACAUGAGUGAGGAGUUUUUGAAGCUGAACCCUCAACAUACGGUUCCGACUAUCGUGGAUGACGGUGUGCCUUUGUACGAUAGUCACGCGAUCAAUAUCUAUCUUGUAUCGAAGUACUCCCAAGAUGAUGCUUUAUAUCCGAAAGAUCUGCUGAUGCAGGCACGCAUCAACGCGAUUUUGCACUUCGAAUCUGGCAUUCUGUUUGCUCGGCUUCGUGGAGCAUUGCAUUCGAUCUUACAACAGGGAAUCUCGGACGUUCACCCGGAAAAGUUUAACGCCAUCCGCGACGCUUACGAUCUGGCGGAAGCGAUGCUGAGGUCCGACUAUUUCGUUGGUGACUCACUCACUCUAGCCGAUAUUAGCUGUAGCACUUCGUUGGCAUCGUUGAACGCACUCCUUCCAGUUGAUGCCGAUAGGUGCCCCAAACUAGUGGCUUAUCUCAAACGGUUGGAAGAGAAUUUGCCAUACCACAAGGAGUACAAUUUGGAUCGUAUUAAUGAAGCGAAGGUGGCGUUCAAACAAAAGUUUAGUGGAAACAAGAAGGAAUAA